AUGGAAUCCAAACAAACUAUAUCAAAAUUGAACAAGAUCUUCUUUUUUAUCAUAAUACAAAUUGCUAUAUCAUUUAUAAUUUUUUAUUUAUUUCGGAGUAAGAUGAAAAAUGAACAAUCAAACAAAAUAGUAGAUGUAACAGAAAAGCCACAUUAUGUAAUUUUGCUUUGGACACGGCCAUUCAACUAUCACUUUCCACUCAACAACUGUCCGCAACCCUUUGAUUCUUCUGACUGUUUUUUUACACUUGACCGCAAUAUGUUCUCAACAGCAAAAGCUGUUGUUAUUCACCACAGGAAUGUAUGUGAUUCCAAACAGCAAUUGCCUCAGAUACCAAGACCCCCUAAUCAGUACUGGAUUUGGUUUAACACAGAGUCCCCAUCUCACAGUCCAAAUUUAGCCUUUAUGAAUAAUCUUAUUAAUCUUACUAUGUCAUAUCGAGUCGACUCUGAUAUUUUUGCACCUUAUGGUUGGCUGAAAACUCACAAUGAAACUCAAACCUUCACCAUUCCGGAAAAGACCAAGUUGGUGGCCUGGGCGAUCAGUCAUUGGAAUACAUCCUCCAGAAGAGUGAAAUACUAUGGCGUGCUAAAAAAAUACUUAAAGGUUGACCUCUUUGGAAAAUUUUACAAUUAUAUACCUUUAGCAAAGACUGAGAAAUUAGCAACUCUAUCCAAAUACAAAUUUUAUUUGGCAUUUGAGAAUUCUAUUCAUGAAGAUUAUAUUACAGAGAAACUCUGGACCAAUUCAUUCCUUUCAGGUACUGUGCCAGUUGUCAUGGGUCCACCACGGAAAAACUAUGAACGAUAUAUACCUGCAGACUCUUUUAUACAUGUAGACGAUUUUCCUUCUGCCAAAGAACUGGCCUCUUAUCUGCUUGCCCUGGACAAAGACGAUCAAAAAUAUCAACAAUAUUUUAACUGGAGAAGUACAUAUCAGCCAACAAAACAGCGGAGAUCCUGGAUAGUUGAAUACUGCAGAGUAUGCAAAGCCCUGAAAGAGGCCCCAGUUUACAGGACUAUUCCAAGUAUUGCUGAAUGGUUCAAAUAA